CAAUUUUGUCCACGUGUGUAUAUAUUAUGUCUCCACAGGCGAAAAUCCUGAAAAAGCUCAUGAGCCACAACUCAAAGGAGUCCAACAUCAUUGAGUACAAAGGAGACGUCUUCUUAGAAAAUACUCGGCUCCUGGUGUUUGAAAAGUUAGACAUCACCCUGUGGGACUAUGUGGAGAAUUUACCACAGCCGAUGCGACUGGAACACGUCCGUACAGUUAUUCAGCAGCUGGCUGUAGCUUUGAAUGCAACAAAGAGUGCUGGCAUAAUCCACACUGAUGUGAAGAUUGAUAACAUCAUGAUGGUGGAUCGCGUGAAGCAGCCCUUCAAGGUCAAGAUCAUUGACUUUGGUUUGGCCAAGUACAGGUCCAAAGCCAGGGCAGGAAAGCUAUGCCAAGGACUUGCAUAUAGGUAGGAAAUGCUGAUACUUUUUAAACAUUGAGAAAUCUUUAAUUCAGCGCUGUCUCCUUACUGUCCACUGUGUCACAUCUUCAUUUGAUGUUUUUUCCACAUUCAGAGCUCCAGAAAUCAUCCUGGGCCGGCCGUAUUCAGAGGCCAUCGACGUUUGGUCAUUAGGCUGCGUGAUGGCCAGGAUGAUGACUCAAGAUAGUUUCAUCGGAUCAGACUCAGAAUACUGGACACUCCGACACAUGAUCCAUAUGCUGGAUCUGCUGCCGCAACAUCUCAUCGAUGCUGGCCGGAGAUCACGAUUAUUUUUUGAGAGAAUGCCAAAUGGUUGGUGGCGGCUGAAGACACCCAUAGGUUAUUUUGGGACCGAUCUCGUCCACUCCAACCCCACAGUUUACAAGUUCGACUCUCUGGAUGAAAUGAAAACAAUGUGCUCUGAGACGGACAACCCAGCAGAGGCUGAUGAGAGGAGGGAGUGCAUCGAGCUGCUGAAGGCGAUGCUUCAGUGGGAUGAUGACGACAGAAUCACCCCCAGUGGUAUCCUCAAGCAUCCCUUUAUCACCAAAAGCUACCUCAGCAGCAGCUCCCCCACCAGCAGUUGCGAUGAACCUAGACCCUCCACCAGCCUGUCCAUCAUGGUUAGUCCUGCUGACCCUGAAAACAGAAUUAACCUGACAGGGUUGCUUGAUGAGGAUAGUGACCUGAAGAGCAGUGAGUAUGAGGACAGUGAUGAUACUGACACUGCUGAAGACGCUGAGGACAGCAAGGAUAGUAAUGAUGAUGAAGAAACUGAGGUCAAUGAGAUGGAGCAGAGGAAAACAAAGAAAAAGAAGAAGAACUGCUUCCAACGCGUCUUCUCUUGGAUAAGAAGACGUUUUGCUGCUGCUGUGUGUCCGAUGUAAUGAACUGAGCAGCACUGUCAAGUGUCUUUCACUGUCACAGUUUUUCACUGUGAAGCGUCUUUAAUGCAUGGCUUCCCACACUUGAAGAGGAAGGACUGGUCUUUGCAACAUGAUUCCACUCUUUUCAUUUUUAUUUAAUUCCAUAAAAUGAAACAGUAGCAGUAGUGAUGGCAGUAGUGAUACAGCAGUGAUGUUGUGAUGUAGCGAUGUCUCCAAGUACAAAUCCAAAGGAUUUGUUGGGAUUGUGUUUGUUGUUCUCUUGUGCUUUGUCUGUCUGUUUCCUAUCUACUAUGCUCUUCUCUCUCUCCUUACCCCUCACCCCAACCGGUCGAGGCAGAUGGCCGCCCUGUCUGAGCCUGGUUCUGCCGGAGGGUUCUUCCUGAAAAAGGGAGUUUUACCUCCCCACUGUCGCCAAGUGCUUGCUCAGACAGGGAAUCCAAAGGAAACUUUGGAUUUGUUGGAUUUCUCUCUAUAAUUUUGUCUUUACUUUUCUAAUUGAAGUGUCUUGAGAUGACACAUUUGAACUGCUAAUAAAAAGUUAUUGAAAAUGAA